AUGUUCAAGGCCCUAAUGGGCGGGGGCCGGUCGGCGUCCACCUCCGACGCCCGCAGCACAACCAGCUCCAGCUCCAAAACAAGCCGUCGCAAGACCGAUUCCAAGUCUGCCUCCAGCCGCAAAUCCUCACGGGGUGACGACCGUGAUCGUGACCGUGGCUUGGGCGACUUGUCGGCCUAUCCUUCUGGCAGCAGGCGCGGCCCGCCCAGCAUCGCCGGCGAGUCCGUCGCAUCGACAUACGUAACCGCCGAGCCCGAUGCCAUUGAUUACUCCGAUCGCACAUUCGUCGAGCGCACCCCCAAGCGCAGAGACAGUGACCGCGAAAGCAAAAGCUCCCGCCGCCGCGAGCGCGACCGCUCCGAAAGUCGUGAGCGCGAGAGGAGGAAAUCUAGCCGUCGCAAUGGAGACGAUACCUAUGAUGAGGAUCUGGAUAGAGACCGUCAGGGUGACCGUCGCGACCGCAGUCGCACAUACUCGGGAGACCACUAUGUUCCGCCCGUCUCUACGGCUAUGCCGUCCAGCGCCCCGGGCGCUCAAUUUGCCGCCGACAUUGCGGCACCGGGAUUCUCGCAGUUCCCCAUGCAAUAUGACAAUGCGAUUCAGCCGCCUGUCACGACCGUUCCGGGUCAUUCCUACGAUGUUUCGCCUACAGCAUUCGACCCCCAUGUGCAGCAGCAAUUCCCUGGUCAAUUCCCGUCUGGUACGGCCCAACCUUAUUUCCCGCCUAAUAAUCCCGCGGGCGCCGCCGCAGACUACUACGGCGAUCAAGGGCAAUCUGUCGAUGAUCAACCAGGUGUGCGACCGCACCAGCCUGCCAUCAUUCCUAAUAGCCAAGCACACUUGAUGACCGCUUCGCCCUCCGCCAAUCCCCCGCCCGAGCCGAGCAGCUUGGGUCAAGUUGGUGCGGCUGCCGCGUAUUUCACAGAUGAAAUUCCGCAUACCGAAUCGCAGGACAAGCCGCCGACAGGUUCAUCAUCUAAGCCUCCCAAGCCCGGUAAGCCAUCCAAGCCCAGCAAGCUACCUUCGUCAAGUGCCAUCCCGGCAGCGGCCGCGGCAGCGGCAGUGACCUAUGGUGUCGGUAACUACGAAGAGUCACAAGCUGCAGCAUCUUAUCAGCACCAAUCUUAUGCCUCAACAAUGGCUCACCACACAUACUCGGAGCCGGCUCUGACAAGUACUUCGAAACCUCCCCAUUCACAUGGCAUUGGAACUGGCAUUGGGAUGGCAGCCGCUGGUGCAGCAGCGGGUUACAUGGUGGGCCAUCAGCACCACACAUCCAGCCCUGCGCACUCGUCGCAGUACACCUUCCAGAACUACGAGCAAUCUUCCCACGGCAGUGUUCAACCCUACGGUGCUGGCCCCAACAACGCCAUGAUCGCGGCAGGCGCUGCUGGUGCGGCCGGUGCCGCGGGAUAUGCUGCGCAUGCCGCCCACAAUCCCGGUUUCUACCCCCACGGUGGCCUUGCAGUUCAACACCGGCAUCGUGGACCACUCACAAAGUUUGUGGAUUUCUGGCGAGAUCCCGAGGGCGUGGGUCGGUUCGAAGACUACACGGAAACCAUCGGCGUGUGCAAGUACUGCUUUGAGCCCGGGUCGAGCUCUAUGGAUGCGCCUCGCAAGCAUCAUUAUCACGCACGCCGCCAUUCUGCCGAUCGAUAUAGUAGUGGAAGCUCUUCGCGAAUCACCAAGCUCAGCCGGUAUCAUUCCUCCGAGGACGAACGCCGUAGUCGCAAGCGCUCGUCCAAGAAGUCCUCUUCCUGGCUUCCAGGUAUACUGGGUGGGUACGCAGCCAAGUCAAUUUUUACCGGCAAGGACUUUGAUGACUCGUACAGCGUCCGCUCAGGCCAUGUCUCGGGCGAUCGAAUCUCCACUUAUGACCGUGAAGAUGAUCGGCGAAGCUAUACUUCUCGUGGUGUGGUUCGCCACUCUGGUCGCAGCUCUCCGCGAGAGCAUCACUCCGACACCAAGCAUACUCGACGGACGCGCUCUCGCUCGCGAUCAUCUUCCCGCUCUGGUCACCACUCGUUUGUGAAGGAGGCUGCUCUGGGUGCGGCAGUUGGUGGUGCAGCUCUAGCCGUUGCAAAAUCAAGUCGGCGUUCCCGUAGCCGCUCUCCUUCUCGGGUUCAUCGUCGCAAGGAUUCCUCAUCUAGCACAUCCUUCGUGGACGUCUCACGACCUUCUGCGAAGUCUGUUGGUGGUCUCACGUCUUUCUUCACCUCCUCAUCUGAGAACCGCAAGAAAGAGAAAGAGAAAAAGAAGCGGCGCUCCAAGAAGUCUGGAGGCUUUUUCUCCUUCAAUAGCUCGUCUUCCUCUUCGCUGGAUGCGGAUCUGGCAUUUGGGAGUGGCUUUGCUAAAAAGUCAUCAAAGCUGCAGAAGAAGAAGAAGAAGGGCAAGAAGAAUGAGGAUGUGGAUGCUGCUCUCAUCGGGCUCGGUGCGACAGCAACGGCCCUUGCUGCAUCGUCUCACUUCCGCAAUGGACGCAGUGCCGGCCAGCUCAUGACUGCCAGAGAUACCCGCCACACUAAUUACACUUCCUCAGCAACUAACGAGGAUGAAGAAUGGAUCGAUGCCGAGUCUGAGGACCAGUCCUCGUCAAGUGUCAGCUCUGCUUUGGCUUUCGGUGCCAGCAGUGCUGAGUCCAGUUCCGACUCGAACAGCAGCGGUGGUUGGAAAUGGGGAUGGGGUAACAAGAAGAAAAAGAAGGACAGGAAAUCUUCCAAGAUGAACGCUGCCCUGGCGGCUGGCGCUGGUGCCCUUGGUGGUGCCGCCAUUGCUUCGGUUGCUCGUCGUCAUGACGGUCGUCCCCCAAGCGAGGCUGGAAGUCUUCAGCAGGUCUACCCCGUGCCCACAUCCGAUCCAUCCCGCUUUGACGUUGCCAAGAUGUCUCCCUCUGUCGUGUCCGGUGGUCAGCCACCUCUUGUUCGCCCUGGUCCUAUUCCCCUACAGCAGCCCCAACCAUACACUCCCGUGUCUCAGGCCGUGUACACCACCCAAGGAAGCUUGCCUGGAGCAAUUCCUGCCUACAGUCCUGGUGCCGUUCCUCCCAUCUUCGCCAAUGAGUACGAUCAGUACAAUAUGCAGCAACAGGGCUCUCGAGAUGCUGCCUACGUUCGUGAAGAUGCCAGCUUUAUUGAGCGUCGCAAGCCGCAUCGUAGCGAUUCUUCGCCCGUCUUCCCUACGCAGGAGAGUGUUGUAUCGGCCCCCAAGCGCCGAUCCACCACCCGUGAUCAAGCUUCUGUGUCUUUUGAUUUGACCGAAGAGCAAGCCGAGCGUGAGCGCCGCCUUGACCGACGUGACCGCAAAUCACGGGAUGAUAUCCGAGAUGAGCCUGUGCAGCUGAUUGAUCACGAAGAGGAGCUGGCUCGUGAGGAGACCGAGCGUCGUGAACGCGAAGAGCGUCGCAAGUACCGCGAAGAAGAAAAGCGCCGCAGUGAUAGCAUCAAGGAGAAAGAUUCCUCUUCCUGGGUGGAAGCAGCGGCCAUCGGAGCCAUUGGUGCCGCUGCUGUCAAUUCCCUCGUUUCCUCUCGUAAAUCGAACGAGGAAGACGCCUCCGAGACCAGCUCACGGCACCGUGAUCGCCGCGCUGAACGUCGCGCUGAACGACGGGGUGACUCGUCAGUAAUUUCCAAGUCUGAAGUCUCCGAGCCCAUCGAGGAGAGGGCUUCUUCUGUAUCAAGGGAGCGUCGCGACAAACCUUCCUCUCCAAAGUCUCCCCGUCCAGCUCCCGUGUACGAAGACUAUGCUGAAUUCUUCGCCCCCGAGGAGGUUCGUCACAGCCCAGAUCAACGUUCACGCGACCAAGACCGCAGUCGCGACUCUGGCGAGCCUCAGAUUGUUGAAGUGGUGCCUGCCAGCGAGCGGGAGAAGAACAAUGACGAGCCCCGUGAUGACUUGCCGCAGUUUGCGCAAGAACCUUAUGAGGAUCGCGAUCAUCUCCCGUGGCCGGUUCCACGGCUGAAUAUCAUCGACCCCACCCCCCCACAGAGUGUCAAUGGCUCUGUGCGUGGAAACUCGCCGCUCGUUAGUCCUAUUGAGCCCGUUCGCGAAGAAGUGGAGCCCAAGGAACGUGAACAUCAACGAGAAUCUCAACCCGAGCGCGAACCUGAGCCCGAGCGCGAGCACGAACGACCCUCGACUGGUUCGCGGGUCUCCUGGGGACCCCAUCAGACCCAUGAAUAUGAAAUUCCAUCGUCAUCCGAGCAGGACCCGCAUUCUCCGAUCGAAGAAAUCACCCGAGAUCUGUCCAUGACAGAGCUGGAGAAGGAACAGCACAAGGAUAGCCGUGAGAAGAUUGACUUUGGAAAUGACAUUGAGUUUGCUGCUAUAGCUGCUGCUGGUGCUCAAGCUGCUGGUUUUGAUCCCUCGGUCGUCAUCAAUGAUCCAUCUUACCACACUCGCACCUCACCUCCCGGGUCGGAGGAUGAGGGUACCUUCUCCCCUCGGUCACAGUGGGCUGUGCCCCCUCAAACAGAGCAGCCUCAUGGAUUUGACGAAGCUCAGACUGAUAACUACAUGCCGAGCAAGUCUCGGGAUAUUGAGCCACCGAUCCAACACGUCAUUGAAGAGAAGCCCUCUCACGCGAAGCCGGAGACGUUCUCAAAAGACAAGGACGAUUCGUCCUUCCAGCGGCGAGACCGCGGGUCAAUCGCCCAAGAAGUCAUUGAGCAGUUGAACGGCAGGAGCCCACGAUCUACUUCUCCUGACAACGAUGUCUUUUCCAUGCCAGGGGGUUUCGAGAGCGUUGAGGCCCCUCGUGAUGAUGUCCGCUCAGUCUUCUCUGCCCCGCCCGAGCGCGAGUCUGAGAAGAGCAAGUCCAAGAAGUCGCGUCGCAGUGGUGAUGAUUUCAAGUUCCCUCGUGAGGUGACCUCGCAAGAGCGGGACGCUGCAUCCCUACCUGAGAAGGUCGAGGGGGAUGCCGAAGAAAAGUCGACACACCGCAGUCACCGCUCCGAGCACGGCGAGAGUGAUUCCUUCUUUGUGAAUGAUGAUGCUAGAUCUGCAGUCACUUCUGUCGAGGAUGUUGAGAAAUCGGAGCGACGGAAGCACCGCCAUCGCUCGUCUCGUGACAAGGACUUUGAUGAUGCCGCCUCCAUUGCAUCCUCACCUGCUGCUGCUUCGUAUGAAGAUGGUGAGAAGUCUGAGCGACGCAAGCGCCGCUCCAAGCAGGAGAGCGAUACAUUCUCCGUUGAUGAUGACGCUAGAUCCGCCAUCACGUCCAUUGAUGAUACCGACAAGUCUGAGCGCCGCAAGCACCGCCAUCGCUCGUCUCGUGACAAGGACUUUGACGACACUGCCUCCAUCGCAUCCUCACCUGCCGCUGCUCAGUAUGAGGAUGAAGAAAAGUCUGAGCGACGCAGGCGCCGUUCUAAGCGUGACAGUGAUACUUUCUCUGUGGACGAUGACGCUCGAUCUGCUAUCACGUCUAUUGAUGAUGCCGACAAGUCUGAAAGACGCAAGCAUCGCCAUCGUUCCUCGCGUGAUAGAGACUUUGAUGACAAUGUCUCCGUCACCUCUUCCCCGGCCCGAAUUGAUGAAACCCGCGAGAAACGCCGGAGCAAGGACGGCAAGGAUGAGAAGGAGAAAGACAAAAGUGGGAGCAUCUUGCGCAGCAUCUUUGGCUCGCGGGUGUCUGCCCCCGAGGGUCGUACCCGUUCUAAUCAAUCUUCACGCUCUUCUUCUCUAGAGAAGCGUCCUUCUCGUGAUGCUGUGUCCGAAGCUGGUGUUGAUGACGAGAGACGCCGCCGCAAGAAGCGCUCUUCGAGACAUCGCAGCUCCAGUGGAGGUGAUAAGCUGGAUGAAGAUGCCUCGGACAAAGAAGGAAGUGUCCGGGAUGGCACGAAUCUGGAGGAUUAUAGGUCGCAAAGGCAGCAGAAGGAGGAGCGUCGUCGACACAGAUACGAGGAAAUUGUUGAAUCGGGCAAACGUCGGGAAUCUGAGAAGGACCAAAAAUAUUCGGAUUCUAAGGACGACGGCGACAAAUACUCUUUUUUAGCAGAGCGCCCCGAAAUGCCGCCCGCGGCUGAACGCGAUGAACGUGGUGCUUCGGGGCUUGAAUCUACAGUCGAGGGUGCGCUCGCUACUGCCGCCGGUAUAUAUCUGAGUGAUGAAGUCCUGUAUCAACGCCCAAGGAGUCAUUCUACGUCUCCCACCAGUGCAGACCGUGCCCUCGAUCUGGCCCCUAAGUCCCGGAGCAGACCCUCAUCGCCGGAGAUGAACCGCGACCUUGACCAAUCUCCUCAUCGUCGUCGCCCAUCUAUGGCUCGCUCGACGACCGAGUCGCCCACCGCCGUGCCAUUGCAUUUCCGUCGACCACCGACGUCGCCCGGUCUGUCUCGUGCUGUGCCCGUUGCACCAUCAUCUCCGGCUGGCGGUGAUACUCAAGAUUCCCCGACCCAGACCCGUCAUCGCCGUCCGAACUCCCUCGAGUUCAGAAAUUCUCGCGAGAUUCGACCCCUCUGGCUCGUUGAGCGCCUUGGUUCCUCAAAGGGUGAUGUGGUUGAACCUGACGAAGCCUUGCCCUCGCUUCCAUCUAGCAAGACUUCGUCUCGUGCGCCCUCGGUCGAGGACCUGCGUGCCCUUAAUAACGAGGAUGACGUGCGCAGCUGGGAGCCAAUUGAUCUCAGUCCGUCCAUGGCGGAUCGUCGCAGACCCACUGGUCUGACGGUCUCAACUUCUCAUGCUAAUGACCAUGGAGAUGGAGAUCUGCUUGACUCUCAGCAGGCUACUCCCACUGCGGAGGACUUCGGUGCGUCUAUAGGUUCGAAGAAACAUAAGCCUACGUAUGAGUUCCAUUCUCCAUCGGAGCUUCUGCAGGACCCGGCUAUGUACCCCGAAAUCCCCGGUUCGCCGACCAUGGAGGCUCUUCCUUCUGCUGAAGGCUCCGUCAUUGAUGCGAAGGAUGUCGAUGUUGACACCGAUGUCUUUGAGACCCCGACUCAGGAGAAGAAGGAACUUCUUGAAAGUUCCGAAAUUGUUGAAGGUGCCGAAUUCGCGGGCGUUGUUGAUGCUGCUGUUCUUGCUGCUGUCAAGGAGAACAGCAAGCAUGUUGAGUCCGAAAAUGACGAGCGCACCUCCGAUCCUGUUGAUAGAGGUCUGGCUGUCGAGACUAGUCAUGAGGAAACUGCUGCCCCAGCCUCCAAGAUUGGUGGUUUUGCUGAUAUCGUCAAUGCCGCUGUUAUCGCCGAGGUCGCUCAUGACAAGGACCCCGCUGACGAGGACAUUGGUGAGCCUGGCACUGCUAUUGAAGAGCAUGCUCCGACGGAUCUUACCAUUGAACCCCCUGUCGAGCCCGACGCAGUCAAGGAGGUGGUUUCUGAGUCUGUGGAGGCCCCCACUCAGCCUGUUGAGACUCCAGCAGCGGAAGAGCCUGUUGCUGAGGAGGCUGUUGCGACAUCUUCUUCGAAGAAGAAAAAGAAGAAGAAGGGGAAGAAGGGUCAGGCCAGUGUUGAUGAGUCUUCUGAAGCUCUGACUGCCCCCGAAGAGCAGUCUUCUCCAGCUGAAGUUCCCGAGAUUGAGUCUCGCUCCGUUGAGACUGAAGCUAUUACUCCUUCUGCAGAGCAGGAUGUUGUUGCUGAGCCCCAGCCUGAAGUUGAAAUUGGAGCAGUUGAGGAAUCUCGAGAAGUGGAGCCUGAGUCUCUCCCCGCUGCUGCUACAGAAGUUGUGGAGGCUGAGAAAGAUGUUCAGCUUGAGUCGGAGUCCCAGCCUGCAGUUGAGCCCGAAGCACCUAUCCCAACCGAGUCGCAUGCUAUUCUAGCUCCCGAGUCCCAGCCCGACGAGCAGCCUGAACCCACGCCCGAGACCCCCGGCGAAGCAACUGAGUCUGAAGCUGCCAUGACGCCUGCCCAGAAGCGCAAGGCAAAGAAGGCUGCAAAGAAGAAGGCAAAGAAUCUUUCCGUCUCAGAGUCGGUGGAGGGCACAAAUGAGGAAUCAGCAUCUGCCCAACCCUCCGAGGUAACUCCAGCCCAACAGGAAGACAAGGCCUCAGAAGCCGAGGCUGCCGAAGUGGAUAUUUCAGCUCAAUCUGAAGAGCAGGAUGUUUUCAAGGAUGCCAAUGCUGUCAAUGUUCCUAUUCCCGCCGAGCACACAACCACUGAUAUUCAGGAAUCUCAUGAUAUCGUGGAGUCUGUCGAGCCAACUCAUGAGGCUCUCCAGCCUGCUGAAGACGUGACGAAGCAACUUGAUGAAUCAUCGUCUGAUGCAGUUCAUGACUCGGAGGCCCGCGAAAUCCAACCUUCCGAACUCGUUCAGCCGGAGAGCAGAAUGGAACCAGAGCAAGUCGUGGAAACUGCUCAGUCGGAAGAGAUCGUAGAACCUGCAGCUGCCACUGAAGAUGCUGCGGUGCCCGAAAAAGUCGCUGAGAGCGAUGAUGAUCUCUUCCACGAAGCUGUCGCAGAGCAGACUGAUGUCUCUGAGCAGGCGAAGGAGAUUCAGCCAGAAACCCCCACCGAGCUUGCCACUGAGCCUGCCACCGAGCCUGUCACUGAGACUGCUGCCGAUACUGCAGUAGUUGAACCUGAGCCCGAGCCUGAAGUCCCGCUGACCGCCGCUCAGAAAAAGAAGGCCAAGAAGGACAAGAAGAAGCGAAAGUCUGUUGCAUUCGAGGAUGCCACUACUCUUUCCGAGCCUGCCGUCGAUGCUCAACCCGAAGAGACCGCCAAGGAAAUGGAACCUGAGAAUUCGGCGCCUAUUGACGCUGUCGAUGUCCAAGACACGGUCAUAAGCGGCGAGACGCUGCCUUCUGAGACUGAACCCGCGACUGGAGAGAACCUUGCGCCUUCAGUUGAGGAGCCCAAAGACUUGUCUCAAUCUGCUGUUGAAGAUACCAAGGAUUUGUCUGAAUCAUCUAUCGAAGAGGCUGGCUCUGCCCCUCAACUUGAGCUCACUUCGUCUGGCGAUCUGGAGCCAAUACCCGCUGUCGAGACCUCCGAGGCUGCUGAAGCUGCUCCUGAUCAACCCGAGCAGGCUUCAGAGCAGCCUGCUCCACAACCUGAUGCGGAAGCCGAGCCUGAGCCUGAGGUUCCCAUGACCGCUGCGCAGAAGAAGAAGGCCAAGAAAGACAAGAAGAAGAAGGCUAAGCAACAGAGUGUGUCUUCUACACCCGACGAGGAGAAGCCUGUUGAGCCCGAAUCUGCUGAACCUCAGCCCUUUGAUAUUCCUGAAGUCGCUCCUGAAGUUUCCGAAAGGAAUGAGCCCGUUGCAGCUGCUGAGCUUAUUGAAGCCUCAGAACCUACUGCCGAUGCUUCAGCGGAAGUUAUCGAUCUUGUUCAAGAGGCGCCAUCUGCUCCUGAAGAUCCAUCAGUCGAGGUCUCCACUCCAGAGGAACCGCAGGACGAGCCAAUCGAGAUUGAUCAGCCUAAGGAAGAUAUACCUGCUCCUGCUCCAGAAACGAAUGUCGUUCCUGAGACCCCCGUCGGGACAUCCGAUGCUGACAAGCCUGAAGAAGAGCCUGCGGUUGCUGAAGACAAGCCAGAACCCGAAGCCACUCCUGCUGAGUCCGAAGUCACUAUGACCGCAGCCGAGAAGAGAAAGGCUAAGAAGGCGAAGAAGAAGAAGCAGCAGCAGGAAAGCAUCAGCUCUGUUUCUGAAGAGACACCGGCUGCUGAGGCUGUAUCGCCGCCUGAGGCCGUGACUGCUGAGGCCAGCAAGGAAGUUCAAGAUGAACCAGAAGCGGAGGUCAAAAUUGUGGAUGAUGUAACAGCACCGACCACUGAAGAGAUUAUCGAGACUAGCAAGGAGGUUGAUGCUACCCAGCUUCCUGCUGGGGAGGCCGAAUCACUUCCCCAGGUGGACACUGCCGCUGAAAACGAGGCCGUUGAGCCUACCGGCGAGGAGGUUCUCGGCGAGAUCGCCCCCGUUGAAGAAGUGGUCGCCCCAGUCGAUGCUCCUCAGGAAGAGGUACCUCUUGAGCCGGAGCAGCCUCAAGAAGAGAAAUCAACCCAGCCUCCCGCCACUGAAAUCCUUCCCACCACUGAGCCCCUUCCCACUACCCAAACGACAGAGACUCAAUCUACCGAGCCAGAAACCCCCACAGCUGAAGCGGAAUUUCCCUUGACUGCUGCACAGAAGAAGAAGGCCAAGAAGGAGAAGAAGAAGCAGCAGCAAAAGAGGGAGUCUGUGCUUUUGGAUGAACAGGAAACCACGGAGGCAGAGGCUGCUCCCACCGAACCAAAGGAGGUUGAGCCCACUGCGGAUGUGACUCCGGAGGUCCCUGCUCCCGAAGAGACCAAGGCCCUCGACGAAGCUGUACCCACGGAAGCAGACGCAGAGAUUCAAACUGAGGCUACGCCAGUUGUUGAGGACAGCCCAGCUCCUGCCGAAGUCGAUCAAUUCCAAGCUGCCGUCGAGCCAUCUACCGAUGCUCCAACUGUGCUUGAUGAACCCAAGAAUGCUGUUGCCACUUCAGAGGAGCCGGCCGCAGACACGCCUUUAGCCGAUCAAGCUACUCUUGACCAGUCUAUCGAAGAGCCAAUUACCUCGACCAACCCGGUUCAAUCUACUGCGGAAGAGUCCACGGCAACUCCAGAGACCGCACCGAAAGACCAGACUGAAGAGGCUGAACCGACCACUCCAUUGUCAAAGAAGGACAAGAAGAAGAAAAAGAAGAAGAACAAGUCCCUUGCCCUUGAGGAGGAGUCGCAACCUGAGCUAGUUCAGGAAGAAUUGACUCAGCCCACUGAGCCUGUCGAACCCACCCAGUCUGUCGAGGUCAUCGAGUCCGUCGUGCCCGUCGAGCCCACUCUUGAAGAGAACGUCGAUUCCACGAAGACCGCUGAGGAGCACGAGUCUUCUGUUGUAACUGAAGAGCCUCAGAGCAUUGAACAGCCAUCCGCUGAAGAGACUGUGAAAGAUGAGGUUAUUCGCGAACAGCCCAGCACUGAAGCCGUCGAAGAACCUUCCCAGCCAUCUGAGCCCGAGGUGCCAAUGACCGCUGCACAGAAGAAGAAGGCCAAGAAAGACAAGAAAAAGCGCAAGUCUGUCGCCUUUGAGGAUGGACCAAUCGCUACUCCGACGGAGACUCCGCCUGAGCAAGAACAGGCCCCAGUCGAGUCUGUUGAGUCCAAGGACAUUCCUUCCGAGGAAGCUACUCCUAGUCAGAAAUUGAGUGAAUCUUCCAAGGAUGCUCCUGAAAUUGCUGCUGAGGCUGUUGAGAAUACUGUCACCGAACCUCAGACCACUACCUUGGAUCAGCUGGAAGCAUCCGUUACGGAUGCUGAGCGGACAGAUGUGACCGGGACUGCAACAGAAGAUGGUUUCAUGAAUGAACCAUCAAGUUACGAAGCUAAAGACUCAGAGGUCGAGAUUCCAACUCCCACCCAACCUGAAGAGCAACCUGUGGUCACCCUUGAGCCUGAGACCCCAUCUGACAACAAGAGCGACGCUAUCGAGGAAUCUUCAGCCCCAAACGCUGAGGCGACCGAGGCAGCAGCCGAGGCAGGCCUGUCAGCCAAGGAGCGUCGCAAGCUGAAGAAAAAGGAGAAGAAGAAGUCCAAAUCUGUGGAGUCGACCGAGGAAACCCCAUCUCCUGUAGAGGUGCCUGAAGACGCUGAAGCCCCGACUGAUUCUCAGCCCGAAACCCCCAAAGAAGUCGAACCCGAGGUGCCCCAGGUUGAACCCCACCAAUUAACGCCGACAACUGUCGAUCCUCUGAAGGCCGAGGAGCUCGAGGUUAUUGAAGCACCCGCCGACAGCCCGAAGAAUGACACACUGGAGAUUGCACAAGCUGCUGAACCCGAGACAAUCGACAAUCCAGAGCAGGUCAUCGAGCAGGAAAUCGCCGAGCCCAAAGAUAUGGACGACAAAUUGGCCGUGGUCGAGCCCGCCGUUGAGACAGAGUCCCUUCCACAGUCACCUGAAGAAAAGCCCGAGCAGCCCACGGAACCAGAAGCUGAGGCCUCCCUGUCCGCCAAGGAGAGACGCAAGCUCAAGAAGAAGGAUAAAAAGCGCCAGUCCAAGAACCUCGACGUCGAUGAAAAUGCAACCACCGAAUCUGAGACACGGGAACUCUCUGUACCCGUACCGGCAAGCUCGCCUGCGGAGAAUGACGGUAGAGCAGCCACAGAUAGAGAGUCGUUCUUCAGAUUAUCCUCCCCCACCCGUGCUUGA